GUUGGGGGGGGGGUUUACCAACAGCUAAGGAUGAGGAAGCUCCUAGCCAGAAGAGAGAGAACCUGAAUGCCAGAGCAGCGUUGGUCACCGCGCAGUUGCAGGGACAGUGGGAUUGAUUUGGUGACUUGUGUGAAAGAAGGAAAGCACAUAGUUAUCACUGAGCAGUAAAAAAUGGUUGGUUGUGCCAGUGUAUUGUGAAGACCUCAAGAAACACCAACAGUUUCUCCACUCAGUUUUCAUGAUGUAAAUGAAGUCUGGCUUUUCCCUAAUGGGCAACUAAACCAUGGACAGGCUAAAAAAAAAGUUUUGGACUGUCUUUAUAAACCAGGCUUCACCUUCCCUCUUGGAAACCUAUUAAAGGAUUACAGUUGAAACAGACAAGAGAAAAGGAAACCUUGAACUGGAAAGUUAACCUACAAUGAGAAUUACGAGCACAUCUUGUAUCUGCCCAGUCCUAGUUUGUCUCUGUUUUGUUCAGAGAUGUUACGGAGCUGCUCACCAUGGCUCCAUCAAGGUGACUAGAAAUCAAACUAAACACAUAGAAGGUGAAACAGAAGUACACCAUCGUCCCAAACGUGGAUGGGUGUGGAACCAGUUCUUUGUUUUAGAAGAGCACAUGGGACCAGAUCCUCAAUAUGUGGGAAAGCUACACUCCAAUUCCGACAAAGGUGAUGGAUCAGUCAAGUACAUCCUUACUGGAGAAGGGGCUGGAACUAUAUUUAUUAUUGAUGACACUACAGGAGACAUUCAUUCAACCAAAAGCCUGGAUCGAGAGCAGAAAACACACUAUGUGCUGCAUGCCCAGGCUAUCGACAGACGAACAAACAAGCCUCUUGAGCCUGAAUCUGAAUUCAUUAUCAAAGUGCAGGACAUCAAUGACAAUGCACCCAGAUUUACAGAUGGACCAUACAUUGUUACUGUGCCAGAGAUGUCUGAAAUGGGUACCUCUGUUCUACAGGUAACAGCCACAGAUGCCGAUGACCCUACCUAUGGGAACAGUGCUCGGGUGGUGUACAGUAUUCUUCAGGGACAGCCAUACUUCUCUGUUGACCCUAAAACAGGAGUUAUCAGGACUGCCUUGCAUAAUAUGGACAGGGAAGCCAGAGAGCAUUAUUCUGUUGUCAUUCAAGCCAAAGAUAUGGCUGGGCAGGUCGGAGGGCUAUCAGGGUCAACGACUGUAAAUAUCACACUCACCGAUGUCAACGACAAUCCACCAAGGUUUCCUCAGAAACAUUACCAGCUGUAUGUUCCUGAAUCAGCUCAAGUUGGAUCAGCAGUAGGCAAAAUCAAGGCAAAUGAUGCAGACACUGGGUCGAAUGCAGACAUGAAGUACACCAUCAUAAACGGUGAUGGCUCUGGCGUGUUCUCCAUAUCCACUGACAGAGAGACACGAGAAGGAAUUCUUUCCCUGAAGAAGCUUGCAAACCUGGGGUCUUGGCCUGGUCUGUGUGACCACUCAUCUCAGUCUGCUGCCCUACAGCUGGUCACCCAGCCACUCAACUAUGAAAAGAAGAAAUCCUAUACACUUAAUAUAGAAGGUGCAAAUACCCACCUUGACUUUCGCUUCUCACAUUUGGGACCAUUUAAGGAUGUAACUAUGCUGAAGAUCAUUGUUGGAGAUGUGGAUGAACCUCCACUUUUCACCAUGCCUUCCUACACUAUGGAAGUUUAUGAAAAUGCAAAGAUCGGGACUGUUGUUGGCACUGUGACAGCACAAGAUCCCGACAGUGCUAACAGCUUAGUAAGAUAUUUCGUUGAUCAUAAUUCAGAAGAAGAUAGAUAUUUCACCAUUGAUGCUAACACUGGAACCAUUAAGACUGCCAAGAUCUUUGACAGAGAAGAAACACCUUGGUAUAACAUUACAGUUGCUGCUUCUGAGAUGGACAAUCCUGGCCUGCUGAGCCAUGUUCCAGUUGACGUUAGAAUCCUGGAUGUCAAUGACAACCCUCCAGAGCUUGCCAGAGAAUAUGAUAUAGUUGUCUGUGAGAAUGCAAAGCCUGGUCAGGUUAUUCAGACUAUCAAUGCCACUGACAAAGAUAUCUCUGCAAAUGGGCCAAGAUUCCAUUUUUCUCUUGAUGAGGGCCUUUCUUUGAAUCCCAACUUUACACUAAGGGACAAUGAAGAUAAUACAGCCAGCAUCCUGACCAGACGGAGAAGAUUCAGUCGAACCACUCAAGAUGUCUAUUACCUCCCUAUUUUGAUUUCUGAUACUGGAAUCCCCUCUCUGAGCAGUAGCAGCACACUUACAAUCAGGGUGUGUGCAUGUGAGAGAGAUGGACGUGUGCGGACCUGUCAUGCUGAAGCUUUCCUCUCCUCAGCUGGUUUGAGCACGGGAGCUUUAAUUGCAAUUCUUCUCUGUGUCCUCAUCCUUCUGGCUAUUGUGGUCCUUUUCAUCACACUAAGGCGCAGCAAAAAGGAGCCGCUGAUCAUUUCUGAGGAAGAUGUCCGGGAAAACAUUGUCACAUAUGAUGAUGAGGGUGGUGGGGAGGAGGAUACUGAAGCAUUUGAUAUCACAGCCCUGAGGAAUCCAUCGGCAGCUGAGGAGCUGAAGUAUCGGCGGGAUGUACGGCCCGAAGUGAAACCCACACCAAGACAUCAACCUUCCUCCAGCCUCGACAGUAUAGAUGUUCAAGAAUUUAUUAAACAAAGACUGGCAGAGGCUGAUCUAGAUCCCAGUGUGCCCCCAUAUGACUCACUACAGACAUAUGCAUAUGAGGGUCAUAGAUCAGAAGCCGGAUCUAUUAGCUCUCUGGAUUCAGCUACUACACACUCUGACCAGGAUUAUAAUUACCUUGGUGACUGGGGACCAGAGUUCAAGAAGCUAGCUGAACUCUAUGGAGAAAUAGAAUCAGAAAGAACAACUUAGUUAUCAUUCUUGGAACAAGAAAUGUUUUAGUUCCCAAAUAACUGGAGGUAUAACCACAGCAACAGUAACAAUACAUGAAUAACUUGGAACUGAACAAGUUGUACACAGUUACUGUAGGAUAAAAGUGUCCUUUUCACAUUUGAAACUGGGUUCUUCAGUUGGAAGAAAAGCAACUUUAAAAAAAUACAAAAAAAAAGAGAUACUGCUGUCCCUUGUGUAUAUUUUUUAAUUGCUCAAUAAAGUCUGUGGUACCACAUCCGUAACAAUAUAUAAAAUAAACCAAGCAAUGACAUUUUUAUUGCAAUAUGUAUAACAUACCAGAGCUACAGUAAGUCUAUGAUGGUGCCUGUUUAUGAGGAUAGCUCUCUGGAGAGCUAAUCUUAUGCAGAGGGUUGUGAAACUAUUUCUAGCUCUUCUUAAGGCCUUGGGACCAGCCUAAAGUAACCAGUGGGGUUUAUUACUGAUGUGACAGCCUCCUGCAAUCCAUUCCUUUACAGAAAGGAUACACGGGGACUAUUCUUUCAAAUGGCUUUUUCGUAUGGGCCCUUAUUAGCAUCAAACUGAGCCUUACAGAAGCACCAGCGUGUGUUGUGCCCCUCUAAAUAGUUAGGAGGAGAAUGGUUGCCUAUAUAAACACGUGCGCAGCCCAUAUUCACCAGGCCUGCACUAUUUACGGAGUGGUGCAGAAGCUGUCACAGCCAUUGUUUCUGACUUGUCUUUUUAUCUUUCCACAAAAAUCCAAAUGGAAUAAUAUGAAAUAUUCCCUAUGCAGUGAAGCAGAUAAGGCAGUCUUGCUAAAAGUAACAAUGGAGGCACCAUUACCUAUGCAGCGGUUCAGGUCACUGGGCUUCACUGGGAUCAGUGUUUGAUGCUAACUAGUUUCAUGCUGCUCUGUGGCCAGAAGCUACAACAGUCAUUUUAUGACUCUAAGGAUUUCCUAGUCACGUGUCACAUUUAUUUGCAUAUUAAUGUGACCAAAGGAAAAAAUACAGCUGCUGGUAAAAUAUUGUCUCAAUGUGGAAAACAAGGAGUUUAAGUUGAUGCUACUCGGGUUAUUUAUUUAUUUAUUUUCGAUUUAAUUUUGCCUAAUGCUGAAGGAUCUUAAAAAAUUCCCCAUGAGGCACAACAAGGUGUAUUCUUUUUGUUUUCCUAAUUUAAUGUUUGAUGGGUACAUGAGCAUACUUUAAAGUCAAUGGAGGUGGAAAAAAGUUAAAUGUAAAAUGCCGUUACUGGGGUUCACAUUGAGUUGAAUAAAUCAAGCUACUCCAUUGUUAAUUGUCUAUCAUUAUGGAUGCUGCAGUGUCAGCAUUUUAACACUCAAUCCAGCCUUUUGUCACAUUUUCCUUAGGGAAGCAGGAAAGAAGUUUUCUUCUGUUCUUUGUCUCUCAUAGUCCCAUGCUCUAAUAGGCCCAGGCAUCACAAUAAUCUGGUAGGAAAAGGAUGACAGCCCAGCAUUAAGAGUGGUGUGGUGUUUGAAAGCUCCUUAAGGGAGGUUGGAGAAGCAGAUUUUUUCCCCAACCUCUCCACUGCACAAGGGAGGAAUAUCUGCUACUCUGCUCUUUUAAAUGGUUAAGGUUAAAAGUGCACCAAUCCUAGACUUAGUAAGCAAGUAUGGAGGAGCAGCAACACCAGUGAAUCAUUCCUAACAUGCUCUCCACUGUAUCUUUCCCCACCCUUCCCUGUACUUUUAGGAUGCCAUUUGCCCUCAGGUUAGUAGAAUAAGAAACAUUUUUGCUUUACCCAUCAGGCAGAGUCAUCAGUUGUAUGUGUCCGUUCAGGCCAUACAAGGGAGCUGGGAAACUCCUUAAGCCCUCUGUCUCCACUACAUGCCUGCAAAAGAGUUAGCUAAAGACUGGACCUUCUAAUAAGCUCACAAUGACUUUACCUUUGAGAUUUUGAAAGUUUUUAUAAGUCCCAUAUGAAUUAUAUAGACAAAUCCUUUCAGGCUCAUGCUGUCUAUCUGCUGUAUUAAUAGAAAGCUCAGAAGCUUGGAAAGAAACAUUUAAAACUUUCUUUUGCUGUUUGCUGACACUGUGCUUCAAUAAUCUCAUCCUUUUUUCAUGGUUUCUCAUUACUUCAUGUUCUCCAAACAAAUUUUAUCCACAAGAAGCAACAUUUCUUAAAAAUAGCUUAUGGAACAUGAACUUAUGAAAGUAUCAAAGUUAUAAUAAAAGCUGAUUGAAGAAAAGGGAUGGUGAACAGGAUAAUUUACAAUUAAAUAUUCCCUGUCUCAAAUGCCGAAAUUCAAACUUUCAGUGGAAGCUGGGGGAAAAAAAUGAUGAAAUAUUCUUGAAUUUGAUCUUUCUCUAGUCCAAUAUCCUGAUUCAAUUAAUGUCUUUUGCAGAAUGUCUCUGGAAAAAUAAACUCUCAGAGAACUUCAUUUAAGAGCUAUUUCCAUUUAGUACAAUACUGAACUGUGUGCUUAAUGUUAAGUUCUUUUUUAAACUUUCCCUUAAACUGAAAUCAUAAUGCACCUAGUGGUGCAAAAUAUUUUGAAGAGAAAAUUCUUACUGGUUAAAAUUAUUCUUAGUUUAUCCACCAUUUGUAUUUUUGUGUAGCAUCAAUAGAGUGGUGGGUAAGUAAGUAACUUAAAGAUAAAAGCUUUCAUAAUCUAUAUUAUCCACGUUCCAUAAUACUUUGUGUUACUUCUACUCAGAAAUUACUAUUCAUUAUUAUGGUAUAGUUUUAAAUUAUAAAAACUAGGUAAGUUUAUGCUGAAUUAAUCUCUCCUUCCCAUAGAGUAAGUGAAAUCAAUUGCAGUUUGAACAUUAUGCAGUCGUAUAUAUGGUGCUUUAUUAUUAUUUGCAUCGUAAUAUAUGCAAGUUUGAAGCCAACAGAAUUGAAGAGCAAGGACAUAUAGGCAGAUAGCUUCUCAUAAUGUUCAUGUUCUGGUUAAGUGAAUGAGAGUAAGAAAUCAUAUCUCCUAGAAAGAAUAAAACCCUUUUGAAUGCUUUGUAAUGUUCCCUAAACCCUGUUGCUACAGGACACAUAUACUGUCCACAGGACCUCUGUUAAAUCAUGUGAAGUGCAUAUUCUGCUCUGGGGUUGUUGAGACUUCUGCACUGAUGCUGAGGUGUGUUCUGUUUCAUAUGUCCUCCCCACAAGGAGCUCCAAAAUGUGCUAUUAUAUCAUUAUGAGUCUGCAUGCUUGCUAUGGUUACUGUCUUUACUCCAGUACACAUCAUAAUACUGUGUUGUUUGGAUGACUAAUAACAGAAUACCAAACCUUCAGGGCCACAAGGAAGGGCCUCAUCAUGGAGAAUAAACAGGUUUGCAGGAUUUCUUCUCCCAUUAUCUCAUCAUUUCUCCCUCUGUUUUCUUGUCCCAGCAAUACACUACAACAAUAUUUGAUGAUGUCUGUGUUAAUAUGAUUAAACAGAAAGGAAAUUAACAUUCUGUCUCAUGGCAGCCAUGAUCAUUUUGUCACUCUGCUGGUUUAAGCAAAGUUUACAUGCAGUGAAAAUUGUGUGUGAAAAUCUUUUCCAGUUUGUGGUUGAGUCUGAUUGUAUUGACUUCACUUAAAUCUUUUGUGGAUCUCUUGUAUUACUCAUGUUUAAAAACAAUUUACUCUAUGCCUAAACACAAAUUCUAUUGCAGCUUUGCCAACCCAAACACUGGAAGCUGCCCAACUUUUCUAAAGCUGGAAGAUUUUCACUCAGAAUAGAGCUACAUGGGGUUACUUAAGGGUUUAUCAAUAUACAAUAUUAUUUUCCUACAAUGACUGUUUGAUUAAUAAUCUAUUUACAUCCAUUAUACUAAUCAAAAUAAUUCAAACAAAUACUUUUCGUUGAAAGGGUGAGGAUCCUCAGCAUGUUGUAAUCAUGACUUGUAAUCUGGAAAAGUGGUCUGAGUAAAUAGUGAAGGGAAAAAAUAGUGCCUAUGGCAAUGGUUCUUAACUUUUUUAGAUUUAGGACACCCAUAGUUAGACUCAAGUCACCCCUCAGAACAUGCCAGCUCUUAGCUUUCACUCUUUGACUACAGGAAAAUGGAGCAAUUCUUCUGUUGCAAAGAACUCAGAAAGACCACAACAGGUCAGAAUGCUUUUGACACUAUGAAUUCCUGUUUGAUAUCUCUGAGUGUAUCUUGUUGCUCAUAUUUGUAUGCCUAACAGUGCUAACAUGGCACCCUGCAGCACCCUUGAAAGAAUGUCAAGGCACACCUGGUUGGGAAUCAUUGGUCUAAGAUAUGUUGUCAGCUUAAAAAUCAUAGGGGUUGAGCCAGUGUCCAUUGGUCAAUAGAAAGAUUGCUGUUGACUUUAUUGGUUAUUCCAUUUGGGUAUUGGGUAUUAUUGGGUAUUUCAUUUGGCUAUUCCAUUUGGACCAAUAUACUGUAAGGAAACUGAUUUUCUUUAUCUAUACAACUAUUAACAUCUUUGUUGAUUUAAAAUUGGGGACUGGGAGGCACUCUCAUGCAAUUUGUCUACUUUUUUAUUUCAGUUUGGUUUGGAAAAUGAAAAUCAUUGUAUUUAGUUUUGUUUUCAGAUUCUAAGUGGUGCCAUGUUUCAGUUACAAGUACUACAGUGUUGUAUUUGUUUUAAAUAAUUAUUGCCUUUGGCAUUUGGAAAAAUAAUUACAACAAUUCUUAUGCAAAACUCUUCCAAAAUCUAAACUUAGGGCAGUGAUGGAGUUAACCAUAUAUUUUACACUUCUCUCAACAGAGUUGCAUAAAGAAUCACAAAUAUAUUUUUUUUAAAUAGAGGAAAACUGAAUUGUCCUACACAGGUAAUUGUUUUGGGAUUACAAAAUAAUAAGAGACUGUGUACUUGUCAUACAUAUGAAAUAGCACAAGGCAUUCUGAGGAACAGCAAACAGUUGAAGCAGCAUUGCAGGUAUUGGGCCAUUCUUAUUUUUCCAAAGUCUCCAAAAAUAUAUAUAUAUUUUUUAAGAAAAGAGAAAUGUCAAAUGUACAAUAUUAUAUGAAAUUAGGUUACAAAUACCUCCUUAAGCAAAUGUUACUGUUGGAAACUGUUAUGUUUUCUUUGAAUAAACAAAGGGGACAAAAUGUUUAUUCCUAUAAGUAUUUUUCAAAUAAAAUAUACAC